UAUAAAACGCCAGCAGGUCAUUCAGCAAUAACCCACAGAAACACUCUCAACAUGAUGACACAGAUAGCUUAUGCUUUGCUGGCUUUCAACCUCAGUAUACUCCUAACAGUCCAAGCGGUAGAUAGUCAACAUGUUCCAAAGACCUGUCAGUGUCCACAGGUCAAAAGCAGAGUCCAUGGACCAUUUUCAGAUCUCAAAGUCACUCCAAAAGGACCUAACUGCUUACAAAAUGAGAUCAUAGUCGUACGGCAGAAAAACAAUAAUCCUGUGUGUCUCAAUCCCGAGGGACGCCAAGGAAAAAGACUGCUGAAAUGUUGGCAAAGGAUGCAAAGGGGUGGCAAGGACAGUAAAAACUGCAUACGCAGACAAAACCCAGGGCCAAGGCAAAGAAAGAGGAUGCAGUCCAGAAAAUCCAAGAAGGCCACAUCUUAACCUCAAAUUCUAAACAGAUGGAGGCAGAAAACUUGACAUUAUCAGAAGAAGAUCCCGCUCAAAGCCUAUGGCGCUGCUGUACUUUCAUAUGUACUUAACAAGCCAAGAACACGAGAAAAGGCUGAAUUCAGAGGAGUGCACAUGUGUAUGGAGCCCAAAGGAACAGCAUAUACAGUAACGAAGGCAUGUUACAACAGGGACAGCAUUUAACCAUGACAUGCUGUACAGGGAUGAGCUGAGCCCUGCUAUUCAAGUCACAUCGGCCAGUUUGAAUACAUAUUUAAGUUUAUCAUAAAUUCAUGUAUUCAGUGAUUAUGUAAAUAAAAAUGUCUUUUUAUAGUUUUACAGUUUAAUAUGAAAUUAACUAAUAAACAUGAACUACU